CAAAAUGUUUUUUUGUCGUGGCUCUCGCUGUGUACUUUAUCAUCCGAGCUGUAUUAGUAUUUGCACUUCUCUGAGUCGCCGUAGGUUGUCGCUGUUGUCGCAGGAAAAAGACGCCAGAUGACAGGCUCGAAGAAGCAACGCAAACUCAGCUGCUCGACUCCUCGCGUCAACUCUUACCUACACAACACGGAGGACGAGACGUUACUCGUGCACGUUGACAGUGCCGAACCACUUUUUAAGUCCCAAUUGCAUCUUUUUGGAGCGAAAAUACGAAGAUACAUGCCGAGUUGGUGAAGAAGCAAUCGUAGCAACAAGAAGAAGAGAAGAAAAAUGUUCGAUUGACAAAGUGCCUGGUGUCGUUACAUUGCUUUGGACUGUCAGUGUCGGAGUGGUACCGGAGGGACCAGGGAGGACUGUGGCGGUCUUAAUAAGGACGUACUCGGCUUCCACUACUUCUUGAUUGCUGCCGGAGGAUUUGAAAAAACGGCGGCAGCGGUGGCGCGAUGCUGGCCUGGCACGCUCUGCUUCUGAUCACACUGCUGAGCACACAAUCGGAAGGCAACUUGUUGGACAACAUGCUGCUGCGGAAUGGCUGGAAGCAGGAGUCGGAGCGGCGGGCCGAGGGCAACAGCAGCGGGGCGACCCAAAACGUUUUGUGGUGUCACUGCACCCAGCACUGCCCUGAGGACUCAGCUAACAACAGUUGCAUGACGGACGGCUCGUGUUUCACCAUGGUGGAGGAAGAAGAGGAGGGUGGUCCGGCCGUGCUCACGUCAGGCUGUUUGGGACUGGCUGGCUCAGAGUUCCAGUGCAAAGACACGUGGCCCACUCGCUUCAGGAGAGUUCUGGAGUGCUGUGCUGAUCAGGAUUACUGCAACCGCAACCUUCACCCGACUCUUCCCCCCUUGCGGACCUCAGAAUAUGUGGACAGUGGUGCCCAUUACUUGGCUCUCCUCAUCUCCAUCACAGUCUGCAGCGUAUUUAUCGUCAUUGUCUUCAUCAUCUGCUGCGUCAGAUACAAGCGACAGGAGUCCGAGCCGCGCUACAGCAUCAACUUGGAACAGGACGACUCUUACAUCCCUCCAGGGGAGUCACUCAAGGACCACAUUGAACAUUCCCACAGCGUUGGCUCUGGUUCGGGCUCAGGGCUCCCCCUACUGGUUCAGCGCACCAUCGCCAAGCAGAUUCAGAUGGUGAAGCAAAUCGGGAAGGGGCGCUACGGGGAGGUGUGGAUGGGCCAGUGGCGUGGCGAGCGAGUGGCCGCCAAAGUGUUUUUCACCACAGAGGAAGAGAGCUGGUUCAGGGAGACUGAAAUCUACCAGACGUUCCUCAUGCGGCACGACAACAUUCUGGGCUUUAUAGCGGCUGACAUUAAGGGCACGGGCUCGUGGACGCAGCUGUACCUGAUCACCGACUACCACGAGAACGGCUCGCUGUACGACUACCUCAAAUGCAACACGCUGGAUGCCACGGCUCUGCUCAAGCUGGCGUACUCGUCCAUCUCGGGCCUUUGCCACCUGCACACCGAGAUCUACGGCACGCAGGGCAAGCCGGCCAUCGCCCACCGAGACCUCAAGAGCAAGAACGUCCUCGUCAAGAGGAACGGGUCGUGCUGCAUCGCCGACCUCGGCCUGGCUGUCAAGUUCAACAGCAACACCAACGAGUUGGACGUGCCACCCAAUCUGCUGGUGGGCACCAAACGCUACAUGCCCCCCGAGGUCCUGGAUGAGACCUUGAACAGGACCCACUUCCAGUCCUUUAUCAUGGCCGACAUGUACAGCUUUGGCCUCAUCAUGUGGGAGAUGGCGCGACGCUGCGUCUCCGGAGGCAUCGUGGAGGAUUACCAGCUUCCCUAUUACGAGCUGGUGACCUCUGACCCCUCCUAUGACGACAUGAGGAAUGUGGUCUGCAUCAAACAACAAAGACCAGCGUUGGCCAACCGCUGGGCCACUGAUGAGUGUUUACAUCAGAUGGCAAAAGUGAUGUCGGAAUGCUGGUCGCACAAGCCGGCGUCUCGCCUCACUGCUUUGCGGGUAAAGAAGACACUCGGCAGGAUGUUGGAGUCUCAAGAUAUCAAGCCGUGACGUGCACACAGAAGAGAGAAAGAACUACUAAGACCCAUUUGACAAGGGUGAGAGUUCACCUUACCUUUGUGUUGGUCUCACUGUGCUUUCUGUGAAAGCUUAGUGGCUCUCAAGGGGGGCUGAGCCACAGAGCAGUAUUUGUACGUGCAGUCUUUUGUACUGUUCAUUUGGUGUAGCCUAAGAACACAAUGUUCAGUGACCUCAGUAAGAUCAUUGUUUAUGGAUAAAUAUCACUUGAAUUAAAUUAAUUGCAAAACA